AUGAAACCCAAAAUCAGUGCCAAAACGAGUGAAUUAAAGACAAAGACUUUGAGAAAUGAGUUGAAAAAAUUGAAAUCAAUAUUAAAUGCGAAACAAAAACUGUUGAAUACUUUGCGACAGAAAUGCAAACGAUUUGCCAUUCAAUGCAAUUGCCAUCAAAACCAACACAAGAGGAACCGUUUGCUCGACUUCUGUCACCGAUUGGACGGACUGUCGGCUCAAGACAUCACUGAUGGCGAGCGUCAACUCAUCUCAACCGACGGGACCAUCAAAUGGGACCAAUUCUUGGCCGAUAACUCGACCGCUGCGGUCGAACGCGUGGACAACAGGACCUACCGAUGCGUUGAAUGCGACAAAUCGUACCACUAUUUGUCUCAAUUGCGAAGACAUCUGAUCCGCCACUCGGAGGACGUGCGGCGCCAUCAGUGCCCGAAGUGUCACAAGACGUUCAAAUGGCGCGAAGGCCUGAAGAAGCACGUGAUGUACAGACACGACAACCUGCGACCCGAGAAGACUGUUCGCUGCGCCGCACCGGCGGACGAAUGCGACAAAUGGUUUCGACACGUGUUUCAGAUGAACCAACACUACCGGCAACGACACAGCCGUCCCCUAAGAUAUCGGUGCGAAUACACCGACUGUGCCGUCGAUUGUGACGGCUUUGUAACCAAACACGAGUUGGACCGACACAUCCGGUUGGAGCACAUGAACGCCCGACCCCUUCACCGCUGCGAAGAGUGUCACAAAGAGUUUACCUGCGAAUCAAAUCUGGCGAAACACGUGAACGUUAAGCACCUGCGGCUCGAGUCCUACGAGUGCCCGGAGUGUGACCAGAGGUUCACCACUAAACCCAAGUUAUCGCAGCACGAGUUCAGCGCUCACAACCGGUCGAAGACCUAUCGGUGCGAAUGGCCGGCGUGUGAGUUCACUACCGUUCACCACAAGUCCAUCGCUCGACACAAACUGAUUCACACCAAUGAACGCCCGUUUGUGUGCGACUGGUGUCCGCUCGACGCCGACGGCCGGCCUUCUGGUGAGCCGUGUGGCGCCUCUUUCAAGCAAAUCAAUACUCUUAAGGCGCAUGUUAUGAAACAUACGGGAGAGAAGCCGUUUGAGUGUCCGGCGCCCGACUGUGCGCUCAGAUUUCAAAGUAAACGGUCGGCUAAUAAUCACUUCACGCGAAAACAUUGUGAUAACGAUAAGACAACCCCUGGAACUGAUGUUGCGGUCAAACAAGCGAUUGAUUGA